AUGUUUACUACCACCGCCAUCUUCGUUUUACUAACACUUACUAGGAUCAUUGAUUCAAGAUCCUCAAAUGGUAGUAGUGGGAAACAAAAUAUUAAAGAUGGAAUUGAAUAUAAGAUUAGAGGAACUGGUAUCAAAUAUAAACAACAUGAAACUUCUGAUUCCAAAUGCAAAAUUGAGUAUGACGGUAAAAUAUUUAAAGAAGAUGAUACACUGACAAUCAAAGGAAAAUAUUAUAAAGUAGAAGAAUGUCAUUUAACUCGUGCCUAUCAUGCUUGUGGUCCCAAUGUUUUCAUGAUGUUUAAAAUUGUUUGUGGAUUAGUUGAAGAAUACACUUCUUAUCGGCAUCGUCGUGGAACUUAUAAGAAUAAUCCAAAAGUUAUAACACAAUCAUGUUGUGAAAACGUAUGUACAAUAGCGGAAAUGACACGAUAUUGCUGA